CAAUCACCUUCUGCUCAGAGUUGAGAAUAUCAGAUUUGACCUCUGUGUUCUCGUGGAUGGAUGGCAUUUUGUAAGAUUAGAGACCGACCAUUAAAACUGUUCAAAACCAGUAGCAAACAGGAUUCAUUUCAAAAUGAAUCCUGGAACAAAUAGAAAGACAGACCUGGAAUUAUAUGUUUUCUAGUUCCUGUUAACAGGCGAUCUGCAGUGUUUUGUCAAGGUUGACUGAAUUACAGUAAUCUAAACAAAUUUAUCUUAAAACAAUCACUUCUAAAGCAUUGCUUUAGUAAGAAAACAUAGCUGAAAAAACCUCAUUUUGACAACUGAACUGAUGUGCUUUGUGAAAUGAGUAGUCAAAGAAUAUAUUAUGAGUCUUCACAGAGCGCUCAAAAAUGACAUUUGAAAGAUCUAAUAUCUAAGAUGCCAUAACCUCUGUUGUAUUAUGGUUGAGGAGGAGGAGGAAUCUUGAGUUCAUUCACGCCUUUAUAUCAGCAAAACAUUCCAAUAAUGCCUUCACAGAACAGUUUUUUUUAUAAAUGGGCAGAUAGAGUUGAAUGCCAUCAACAAAGCAGUGGAAAGAGAUAUUUCAUAGAAAUAGACCCCAAGUGAAAAACAAAGGGGAAGAAAGAAAAAAAGACUGGACCUUGAAUGAAUCAUUGCAGAACACCCCAAGUAACAAGUGUUGCAGCUAAAGAAUAUGUGUCUACCUGGGAUGGGAAGCUUUUUUUUUUCCCCAAUUAAAGACUUAAACCAAUGUAGCACAAUUUCUUCCAAACCCACACAAGGCUCAAGCCUUCAUAAAAGGAUGCAAUAAUCCAAAGUUAAACAAGGCACUUAGACCUCAAAAAGUCAGACAAGCAGGGAUUUUCAAAAACAGUUAUAACCAGGUCAUUAACAACUUUAGGAUAGCAGUUUUAGUGCUGUGAAACUUUUUAAAGCCAGAUUGAAACUUUUCAUGAACACAAUUCUCUUGUAAGAACAGUUCCAGCUGGGGCAAAAAAAAAAAAAAAGAAUUUUGUAAAAGAACCUGUAAAAGAAAAGGCAACUUCUGUUUGGAUCUGGGAGGUGUCUGCAUGUUUAACCCUUUGUUGCAGUUGUGUGGUCGUCCUCAUGAGGGCGCCAGGUAGCAGCAGUCUUGACUCGCUGCAGGUGUUUGGCGUUAGAAUUCAGUAGGUGAGUCUGCUGCACAGAUGGACCCGAAGUGGAGAACUUUUUUUUCCGGGUGAGUACCGAGACGAAGGCAGCCGAGCGGAGGGGUUGGAGGUCGGACAAGUAAAGCAGCAGCAGAGGGGCUGGAUGGAGCUAACCGUGGAAGUUUGUCCAGAGUCGACGGAGCAGAUGAGGAACCAGGAUGUCAGGACGAAACUCAGGAAAUUCAUACAUUGAGAUCAGCAAAGGUAACCUGCGCGUGGAGAUUACGAGGAUGAGGAGAACAAAGAAACCGCAGAACUGGGAGACACAUUGACAACCCAGAAAGCUCGGAUAUUUACCACUGCAGGUUAACACUAAGGCAUUGAGGUACUGGCAUCCAGGUCCUUAAAUCCUAAACCUUAUCAAAGGUGUUUUCUCUGACAGCUGCAUGUCCCUUCCUACAGUCAUCAUGAAGGAGGAAACAACAGAUAAUAUCUAUGCAUACGCUCUGUCCAAGACGCUAACGAAGGUUUCAUCACCGGCAACAGUGGGUCUCUACUCUUCUUGUCAGGACCGACUGGAUGUGAUUCUUGAUCAAAUGGGAGAUCAAAGGUGUUUUCUCUGACAGUUGCAUGUCCCUUCCUACAGUCGUCAUGAAGGAGGUAACAACAGAUAAUAUCUAUGCAUACGCUCUGUCCAAGACGCUAACGAAGGUUUCAUCACCGGCAACAGUGGGUCUCUACUCUUCUUGUCAGGACCGACUGGAUGUGAUUCUUGAUCAAAUGGGAGUGUACACAAAUCGGGAGUCUUUGAGGAUUGAGCAGAAAUCCGACAAAUCAGAAAAGCCCCUUGCAGCCAAACUUUCAGUCAAACAUUUGUUGCUUCUCAUUGUGAGGCUGGUCUUCUACACACCAGUCUGGACUAUGGAGAACCAGAAUCGCCAUAACGUCAGGUUCCUUUAUGUGAAUUUCAGUGCUUGGCAUUUUGCUGGCAGUGACAUGCUAUGGGCUGGGAUAGCCAUACGAUUGUUUCAUGCCAUGCAGGUGAAUUUUGGGAAACUGCCACUAGCACUCUAUCGUGUCACUCAAUAUGAUGAAGAGGAUGAAGUAAAGGAAAAGGAGGUGAAGGACACCCUCGAUAACUGGACAUACAAGAUGGUUUUAGGCUGCCCUCUGUGGUCUGUCCUGGUGUGUAUCAUUGUUAUCCCAGUAGUUCUCCUAGUUGUCUUUUUUGUUUGGGGUUUUCCUGAAGUACAGUCCCCACAGAAGAACGAGACUGAAGUUACUAAGGUGGACCUACUUGAGGGCGCCGUCUUUAUAUCCUUAGGAAUCCCAGCAGCGACAGGAUUGAGGUUUGCCAUUCAAAUGGCCAAUAGCCUCGUUUUCAGCCAAGCUCAUAACAUUAAGAAAGGAAUGGACAACGAACGGCUCAGCAAACAACUGGGAUUCAUGAAUGAAGUCAGGAAAGAAAUAUGGUUUCUGACUCAAUUCAUCAAGUUCAUGGAGGUAUUUGAAAAGAGGAGGAUUCGUAUCGUGUUGAAAAUUACUAAUCUGGACCGUUGCUCCCCCAAGAAAAUUGUUGGAGUCCUGGAGGCCAUCAAUAUUUUACUCUCAGAUGAGGAAAGCCCAAUUCUUUCCAUUCUGGCUGUAAAUCCAACUGUUCUGUUAGAAAAAGUGAAAUUUGCAGAAAGCUCCAUCUGUAAAGAGGACAGAGCUCAUGGACUGCUGAACCGCAUAGUCACUCUGACCUUCACAGUCCCAACAAUGUCUCAAAAUUUAAAGCACAAGUUGUUUCACAGUCUUCACAACACUCCAGGCAUCUCUGAAGAUUCCUCUUUAAGAUGGAACAGACACAGGACAAAGACAUCUUCAAUAGAUCUGUCUGUGGUGGCAAUUGAGGAAUCAACGGAGUCCAUUGUAGAUACUAUAGAAAUGAAAGAGGAUGAAUUGGAGAAAAUGGUUCUGACAAUCCUUAGCAAGGGUGAAAAAAAGCUGAACAAAUACAUGUUAGAUGACGCCAUCUCAAUGAAGAGGACAAUCAACUCUGUCUGGGUAACGGUCAUAAUCAUGAAGUUACUGAAGAAAGAGUUUCCUGACCCAGAGGACACUGCAGCAUGGGUGGUUCUAGCCAACCAGUGGCCCUGUCGAUUCGGCUGGAUCCUGCAGUGUGUGGAGGAUGAAAAGCAGAGAGCAGCGAUUGAUCAACAGAAAGCGAGCCAUGAUGAUUCAAAGACCCUUUGGCAGGUCUUCAGCCAGUCCAGGGAGGAGCUAUAUGUGAUGCGGACAAACAUCGAGGACCUCCUCGAGCAGGACGGAGAUCCUGAAGUGUUCGAAGCGUUACUCAAGGAUGACGAGUUUGAGUUCACCAUAAAGAACCUGGAGAUCUUCCAAGUAGGGAUGGUGAAUCUGGAUCAGUCAAUCAGGAGGGAACUGGCUUUUAUCAGAGGGACAUGCAGGCUGGAAGAUUCUGGUUGGAUGAGGAACAUAGCUCCUCUUCCAGUCACAAGUCUUAUCAAAAUGACCACAGACGACAUAUGUGAAGAGAUGGAGAGAAUGAAAUUGGACAGUAGGUACAGGGAAACAGUGAAAAAACAUAAACUCAAUGGCUCUGCUCUGGUCUUUGGUGACACAGAAGAUCUGAAAGCCAUUCUGGGUAUGACAUUCGGUGAAUGGACAACUUUCAAACUUCACUUCUUGAGUUUCCUGUCACCCUCCAGCCACAGCACGAGAACAUGCUACCCUUACCUGCCAAAACACACCUGUCCAAGUUCCUCCAGUGUGUAGCGAAGAAAUAAUUACUCAUCUACCACCAGCCUGUGUUAACAGCUGCCUUUUGUCAAAUAUUCAAAUACAUUUUGUGUGCUAAGGUA